AUGUCGUAAUUUAUUCGGGACACUAAUGAUGUUACCUCGCCCUUACUGAUAAAGUCAAGCCGCUUAUGGGCUGGUCAUCUUGUUGUCCUGAGAACUGGGCACAUGGUCCGGGGUCUACAGACAAUGCGUAUUAAUUGAAUGGCGUUCAGAUCAUUGUGGUAUGGAUUCCUCUUAACACGCGUACCCCACAACACCACGGACAACGCACGGACACAACACGACACCGGACGCUAACCCAGUCAAACUAUGUUAAAGCGCCUACUCUCAAGCUGUGCUCGCACUCCUUUUAGAGCUGUUACCUGUCCGAAAUGGAUGUCCUCGCGAUCGGACACAAGGGAUGAAGGGAAGGUGAAUUACGAGGUCCGGCCGAUGAGGAGGAGUGACAUCCAACCUCUGUACGAACUACUCAGGGAUAAUCAAUGGAAUAUGGAGAGGAGCUACCUUGAGUGUGUGUUUAAUACUGACCCUACAGGUCUCGUAGUGGUGGUCAAGGACGACAGUCAAAUCAUAGGACACAACGGAAUCCUUGUCCACAGUCCGGACUUCGCCUCUUCCGGAUUGAACAUCGUCAAGGAAGAGUACCGGUCACUUGGGGUCGGCCAGGUGAUGUUUCGUAAAGUUAUGGAUAUCAUGGCCGACAAGAACGUCGGAGGGACGUCCCUAUCCAACAGAAUCUCUUUUUACGCACAAUUUGGAUGGACAAUCAAGUCAUAUACCUUCCAUUAUAAUCAAGGACCCGUUAAUCCGGAUUUCGUUAGGAAUUGCCCGGAUCCGGACUGUGAAAUCCAGCCAGCAGAACUCGUCAACUUCGAUGACGUCAUUGCUUAUGACGCAGAGAUUCACACAAUACCCCGACCAGUGUACAUCAGCAAUUGGGCUCAGAAUGAGGCUGCGAGGACGUAUGUGGCAUUUCGAGGAGGCCGGGUCUGUGGUUACGGAGUUCUGAAGUCUGGUGACACAGGACAUAAACUAUACCCACUGUAUGCUGACGACACUAAGGUUGCUAUGGCAUUGUUCUGUCAGCUUGUGUCUCACAUUCCGAGUGGAGGAGAUCUCAUCUUUACACAACCAAUAGAAAAUGAGGAAGCCAAUCAAUUUGUCGCCGGAAACAAUAUGACAACCUACUUGUCUAUGACGCGAUUAUAUAACAAGAGAAAUGUGCCAGUUGAUAUCAAACGUGUUUACUCCGUAUCCACAACAGAAUAUGGUAUUGUGUAGGGUAAUAUGGGCUUAUUAGCCUUGUACACAGCAGCAACAUAUCAACACAUUGCAGUGGCGUAGGAAGUCGUCAAAAAGUGGGGGGGCAAAAUUUUUUUUAACUUUACACACUAAACAAAUCGUAUGCCAUCUCCG